AGUUCAAGGAGAAUGGGAGCUGGUCUCCCGCUUGGGCCUUGGGCCGUCAUACUUUCGUUUACGGUUUUGAUCAUACUCAACGGAGUCGUAUGGUUGGCAAAGCGCCAUAAGAAUGUCGCCAUGGGCUCCCGACGCGCUCAGCUCACCGCCGAAAUCACAUUCCUGCGGCGAGAGGCCGCCAAACUGAACACGCCCAGCACGUAUGCCAAAUGCGCCAAGUUCCAGCGGCUGGCGAACGCCAAGGAGAAGGAGUUGGCGGACGUAACUGCAGGCCCGGCGGUACCAGGCCUUGCGGAGCGGCUUGUCAUGCUGUGUAGUGCGGUCAAGGUACUACUGCUAGGCGCCAUCACACUGGCGUUGUGGGAGGUUCCGGUGGCUCACGUGCUUCCCCGCAGAGCACUAGCCCCCCUGGGCCGCCUGCUGGCCUUCCCGCAGGGGGCCCAGCUGGCUGCCUUUGGGGGCGUGGCGGUGGCGCCCUGGCUGCUGGUUGCGGACACAGCGACGCAGGCGCUGGCGCGCGCGGCCUUCCCGCAGCCCACAGCAGAGCAGUUGGCGGCGGUUGUGGAUGCGGAGCGGCUGACGAAGGAGGCGGAGGCGACCGGGAGGAUCAGGUCGGGAGCAGCAGCGGCUUCGGCGGCGACGGUACCACCUGGGGCCGUGUCUUCCUCGUGAUGCGGUGUUGGGAGAUGUUGUGGUGGGAGAGGUGGAAAGGGGUUGAGGAGAGGAGUAGGGAAGGGGUCAUGGAGACCCAUGGGUCACUGACGGGCUGUCGUGGUUAGGUUGGUGGCUGUGCGUACAUGGCCGAAUGGCCCAGGCGGAAGAGGCGUGCUACCGGUGCGAAGCUGGUGUCUCUUUGCGCAAUUUUGGUCAGGUGGUUCGUCCAAGUGCAGAACAAGUCCGUGGAUGCCUCGUUCAUAAGGGUUUCCGUUCGCUGCAUGGGGGGCCCUUGACUGGGCUCCAUUGCCACAACGAACACGCAGACAAGGAGUGUAGGUUCUUGACCCUGAAAUUGAGCAGGAGAGCGCACGUGCGACCCAAGACAGAUCUCAAGUGUAAUUAUCAGCAUGC